CAGCAAACAGUACCCAAGUCUCAGCUUUAUUUGCCGAGGACGGCGACAAACGGUUACUACAAUGGCGGCGACAGCAGCAGGAGUAGUGCUUACCGGAGGACCUGCAGCAAAUCAAAUGGCCGGUGGCGCUUUGCUUAGCAAGAGGAAAGAUGGCAGUCCGUCGACCAAAUUCUGGGAGAGCUCGGAAACAGUGUUUCAGAUUGAGUCGGUUCGACAGUGGAUUGGAAAACAUUACAAGAAGUAUGUCCAGACCGACUCUCCCACCAGCAAGUCUCUAGCAGGGUUAGUGGUGCAGCUGCUGCAGUUCCAGGAGGAUGCCUUCGGACGCAGGGUCAGCAACCCUGCACUUACAAAGCUGCCCACCAAGUGUUUCCUGGACCUGAAGCCAGGGGGUGGCCUGUGCCACAUUCUGGGCUCAGUGUACAAGUUCAAAAGCGAGCAAGGCUGGCGCAGGUUCGACUUUCAAAACCCAUCCCGGAUGGACAGGAAUGUGGAGAUGUUCAUGACGGUGGAGAAGGCUCUUGUGCAGAACAACUGCUUGACGCGGCCCGUGGUGUUCCUCACUCCAGAUAUAGAACAGAAGCAGGCUGCCAAGUUCAAAGACAUCAUCAAGAGGCACCAGGGUUCCAUUACUGAAGAAAGGGCUAAGGCCACUCACAUUAUCUACCCAUCCCAAGACUCAGAGGAAGAAGAAGAGUGGUUUCGCACCAUCAUGCGCAAGGACAAACAAGUGUUGGUGCACUGGGGGAUGUACCCUGACAGCUAUGACACAUGGGUGUUCGCCAGUGAUGUGGAGGCUGAUGUGGAGGAUCCUCCCAGUCCAGAGAAGCCCUGGAAGGUUCAUGCCAAGUGGGUCCUCGACACAGACUCCUUCAAUGAGUGGAUGAACGAGGAGGAUUAUGAGGUUGAUGACAACAAGAAGACUGUCUUUUUCCGUCAGCGUGUUUUCCCUCGUGAAGAAGAGUCUUCCCGUACACCUGAUCGCAAGGAGCGUAGGGCAGCUGCUGCCGGGAAGAAGAGGAGGCGCUCGCCAUCACCGCCACCAACCACUGCAGAGUCUCGCAAGAAGGGGAGCAAAAAAGGGAGCUCCAUGUCGUAUUACAAGCGCCGAGGUCAACGAGAAGAGGAGGAGCAGGAGGAUGACCUCACCAAGGACAUGGAGGACCCCACGCCUGUGCCCAACAUGGAGGAAGUCAUCCUACCCAAGAAUGUGAACGUGAAGAAGGACAGUGAAAACACCCCAGUCAAAGGUGGCAUCAUGGCUGACUUGGAUGAACAGGAGGAUGAGUCAAUGCUGUCUGGCUGCAAGGAUGAUGAGGAGCCAGGCAAGGAUGUAAACCGCCUGUUGGACUCUGGCGAGGACAAUGUGACAGAGCAGACGCACCACAUCAUUGUCCCCAGCUAUGCCUCCUGGUUUGAUUAUAACUGCAUCCAUGAGAUUGAGCGAAGGGCCCUCCCAGAGUUCUUCAACGGCAAGAACAAGUCCAAAUCUCCAGAGAUAUACCUUGCGUAUCGUAAUUUUAUGAUUGACACCUAUCGGCUCAACCCUCAGGAGUACUUGACCUCCACAUCCUGCCGUAGAAACUUGACUGGCGAUGUGUGUGCUGUCAUGAGAGUUCAUGCUUUCCUGGAGCAGUGGGGACUGGUGAACUACCAGGUAGAUGCUGAGAGUCGGCCCCUUCCCAUGGGCCCACCACCAACACCCCACUUCAACGUGCUUGUGGACACACCUUCGGGCCUGGUGCCUCUCCCCCACCGUCCAUCUCAAGUACCUGCCUCUCAGCAGAUGCUGAGUUUCCCUGAGAAGAGCAAAGAGAAGCCAACAGACUUGCAGAACUUUGGCCUGCGGACUGACAUCUACGCCAAGAAGAAUCCCAAGAGCAAAGGGGCCAGUGCUGGACGCGAGUGGACAGAGCAGGAGACCCUGCUGUUGCUGGAGGCCCUCGAGAUGUAUAAGGACGACUGGAACAAGGUGUCAGAGCAUGUGGGCAGCCGCACACAGGAUGAGUGUAUCCUGCACUUCCUGCGGCUGCCCAUCGAAGACCCCUACCUGGAGAACUCAGAUGCCUCACUUGGCCCACUGGCUUAUCAGCCUGUGCCCUUCAGCCAGUCGGGGAACCCUGUCAUGAGCACCGUGGCCUUCCUGGCCUCUGUGGUGGACCCCCGUGUGGCAGCUGCUGCAGCAAAGGCAGCCCUUGAGGAGUUUUCACGGGUGCGAGAAGAGGUACCCUCGGAGCUGCUGGAGGCACAUGUGAAGAAGGUGCAGGAGGCAGCAUGCAGCACAGGCAAGGUCGACCCUUCCUUUGGCCUGGAGAGUAGUGGCAUUGCUGGCACUGCACCCGAAGAACCCGAGAAAACUGAAGGAGCAGACUUGGAGAAGAUGGAGGCUGACCCCGAGGGCCAGCAGACAGACAAGGCAGAGGAGAAGGAGGAGGCAGACAAGCCUGGUGAGCUCACAGAGCGCUCCUUGGAGAGUGAAACAACAAAGAGCGAGGCACCGGACACAGCAGACAGGCAAGAAACAGAUGUUGAAGGAGGAGAAGACAGCAAAAUGGACAAGGACAAGGAAGAAAGUUCGGAGAACACAGAGGGGCAGAAGGAAUCCGAGGCCGAGGACACCGGGAGGAGAAAUGAGCCAGAGCUGGGGGAGGGUAACAUCGCCACUGCAGCAGCUGCCGCCCUGGCCUCUGCUGCCACCAAGGCUAAGCACCUAGCUGCUGUGGAGGAGCGCAAGAUCAAGUCCCUGGUGGCACUGCUCGUAGAGACACAGAUGAAGAAGCUGGAGAUCAAGCUGAGACACUUUGAGGAGCUGGAGACCAUCAUGGACCGGGAGAAGGAAGCGCUUGAGCAGCAGAGACAGCAACUCCUCACAGAGCGUCAGACUUUCCACAUGGAACAGCUCAAGUAUGCUGAGCUGAAGGCACGUCAACAGAUGGAGCAGCAGCAGGCUGCUGCCCAGAACCCUGGAGGCCUCCAUGGUCCACCUGCUAGCAUGCAUGGACCCCCGCCCCAGGGCUUCAACCCCAUGCAUCACCCCAUGGGCAGCCACCACCCUCCUCAGACAGUAGGGCCGAUGCCAGGACGUAUGAUGCCCGGAGGGCCUCCGACCUCCAACAUGCCACCAGUGAUGGGCACCAGGCACUCGGGUGCCCCAAAUGGCAUGUACCCAGUCCCACCCCCUUCACAGUCCGAUGGGAUAGCCUCCACCCCUGCUGGAGCUCCAGUGGCUGGACCAGUCCGUACGGUGCCUGAGAAUUAAAUCUUGAGCUGCUCUAGAAGGAAGCAGGCAUUUCCCAUGUACACAGACACCCACACACAGUACAAGAUACCUGUAAGCAACUCACACCUACAGGACCCCUCUCGACUUCCGAUUACAGUUGAGGGUGUGUAGGCACUUUGAGUGAAACCAUUCUUUUUACACAGGAUAUAAUAGCAUGUUUGAGGUGUCUUAAGAACUGAUUGUGGUUGUCUUAGUUUGGGAAUUAGCUUGGGUGUACCAGAUCAGAUUUUGGAUGGAAAUUCUCUCCUCACUUGCUCUUUCCUUGGCAGUAGUGCGGUUUCAGUUGACAUCCAGAGGCUGUUUUGAUCACAGAAGCUCCAGGUGUACACAGUAGACCAGGGCGCUGUCUAUGUGUCCAGCUACUAUAGCCUCUACCUCUGUGUCUCUUAGUUUUGUUAGUUGCUCUUCUCAAGCCGUCUUGACCAUCUCCCUUGCUUGCUGCCAUGCCACAGAUUUCAUGCUGCCUUCUUGUAGGUCCUCGUCACUCCAGGUUUCUACCUCUGACCCACUCCUUGGCUGUGCUCUCUGGCAGUCCCUGUUGGUGACGCCAUGUCAGUAUGUGACGGUGCCACAUGCCCCUGGAACCAGGAGGCUGCUAGCUCACCCUCACACCAGGGGGUUGGGAAUCUGUGUUGCUCUUGCCAGGGUGUGUGAUCCAGUGCUUUCAUAGCAGUGAUGCAGAAUGACCAAGAUAAAUGUUCUGCAGUACCAGUACCUAAGGGUGCUCUGUCCUCCUCAUAACCAGUGCCUGGCAAUUUGCAUAAAAUUGGACCAAAUGUCUUACUCUCUUUUUUAUGUCCAUUUAUUUCUUACUCCUCUAGUAUUUGUCUGCCUUAUAGACAAUGCAGUGGAUUUUCUCCCAGUGUAGCAGCAGAUCCUUAGAUGAACUGGAGUAUCCAUGGUAGCCUGCCUCUGCGACUGGAGUAGCUUCUGUCUGGUGUGUGUGUUUGUUUGAGGGGCAUGAGUUUCAAAGUGUGAGCAACAGUGUCCUUUAGAACAUUUUCACCUGUGUGAUUGAGGCCUGAGCUCAUUUUAAACCCAUGAUGGCUCUGGGUUCACCUGCCUUCACUGUCCUGGUUGAGUUGGGAUUAGGAGCAGCGCUGCUGCUGGCAUUCUCCAGCCAUCUUCUCUUUACCUCAGGUCCUCUCCUGCACACAAACUACACCCACCCCGUGCCCAAUCCUUUUCACAACGGACAGAAACCAGACAUAAGACAGAACCUUUUACUGCUUUUUACUUUCAUUCUGUUAUGUUGGUGUUUGUAGUCAAAUGGGUAAUGAGACUCAACCACUGUUGAAUAAACGUUUUGUAUGAACGCAUCUCUGUGUGACUCAUUGGGCCACCUAGUAUGGGACUCUUAUUUUUGUAGCAAUGACAUGACAAGGGUGGUCUCGUUAGUGUCGCAUUUUGCUGCUAUUUCUGUUUGAAGGAGGAGGAGCCAUUCGCACAGCUGUCAUGUCCUUGUAAGAAUAAAAGCCUUCAUUUGCAGGUUUCAUAUACAGGUCAGGUGGUCCCCGAUUUACGAUGGUUCGACUUUAUGAUGGUGAGCUGGUGAUAGACAUUCAGUAGAAACUGUACUUCGAAUUUUGAUUCCCCCCUGGGCAAGCGAAAUGCGAUGCGAUACUCUCUCGCGAAGCUGGGCAUCGGGACCAUUCUGCAUCUCCUAAUCUACCACGUGGUUGUGUUUUGUGCAUCCAUAAUGUCACAGAAACACCCAUCUGUGUCUCCUGCUACUGGU